CUGACGCAAGCUGGAACUAAGGGAGGUGUUGGGGCAAGAAGGUGGGUGUUGAUUGGCCUGUGUCAUUCACUCCCACUGGCCUUUAAAUCAUUGUCUUGCUUUCCCAAAGUUCAGAUAAGUCAUCUCUGUGACAGGGGUCUGCCAUCCCAAACAAUUCAUGAAAGACUGCACAGGACUGGAUACAUAAUUAAGAACAGGGUGUUCUGAACGUCAGGCGAAGUGGAAAAGCCUUAAGCUGGAAGGUGCUGUGUAUUAUUUACACUGAAGAAGCUCUGUGUGGACAGGACAGCGCUGACAGGUCACAUGGACCCCAUGGAACUGAGAAACGUCAACAUCGAGCCUGACGACGAGGAGACCAGCAGUGGAGAAAGUAUUCAAGACAGCUACAUGAGGAUGGGCAGCUCCGAGAAGGCAGCCAUGAGCAGUCAAUUUGCUAACGAAGAUGCUGAAAGUCAGAAGUUCCUGACAAAUGGAUUUUUGGGGAAGAAGAAGCUGGCCGAUUACGCGGAUGAGCAUCACCCCGGAACGACUUCCUUUGGAAUGUCCUCAUUCAAUCUGAGUAAUGCCAUUAUGGGCAGUGGGAUCUUGGGCUUGUCCUACGCCAUGGCCAACACAGGGAUUGUCCUUUUUAUAAUCAUGCUGCUUACUGUGGCGACACUGUCUCUCUAUUCGGUUCACCUUCUAUUAAAGACAGCCAAGGAAGGAGGGUCUUUAAUUUAUGAAAAAUUGGGGGAAAAGGCAUUUGGAUGGCCUGGGAAAAUUGGAGCCUUUAUCUCUAUUACAAUGCAGAAUAUUGGAGCAAUGUCCAGCUACCUCUUCAUCAUUAAAUACGAACUACCUGAAGUAAUCAGAGCAUUCAUGGGACUUGAAGAAAACACUGGGGAAUGGUACCUCAAUGGCAACUACCUCGUCAUAUUUGUGUCUGUGGGGAUCAUCCUUCCACUCUCCCUCCUUAAAAACUUAGGUUACCUUGGCUACACCAGUGGGUUUUCCCUGACGUGCAUGGUGUUUUUUGUGAGUGUGGUGAUUUACAAAAAAUUUCAAAUACCCUGCCCUCUACCCGUUCUGGAUCACAAUGUUGGAAAUCUGACGUUCAACAGCACACUUCCAAUGCACGUGAUUAUGUUACCCAAUAACUCGGACAGCACUGAUGUGAACUUCAUGAUGGAUUACACUCACCGGAACCCUGCAGGGCUGGAUGAGAACCAGGCCACAGGCCCACUCCACAGCAGCGGAGUGGAGUUCGAGGCCCACAGCAGUGACAAGUGUCAACCUAAAUACUUUGUAUUCAAUUCCCGGACCGCCUAUGCGAUUCCAAUCCUAGCCUUUGCUUUUGUGUGCCAUCCCGAGGUCCUUCCCAUCUACAGUGAACUCAAAGACCGGUCCCGGAGAAAGAUGCAAACAGUGUCUAACAUCUCCAUCACAGGGAUGCUCAUCAUGUACCUGCUCGCUGCUCUCUUUGGCUACCUCACUUUCUAUGGGGAAGUUGAAGAUGAGUUACUCCAUGCUUACAGCAAAGUCUACACAUUCGAUACCCCUCUGCUCAUGGUACGCCUGGCGGUACUGGUGGCGGUGACACUGACGGUGCCCAUCGUCCUGUUCCCAAUUCGAACCUCAGUGAUCACACUGCUGUUCCCCAAAAGACCCUUCAGCUGGGUAAAGCAUUUCCUGAUUGCCGCAAUAAUCAUUGCGCUCAACAACGUCCUGGUCAUCCUCGUGCCCACCAUCAAAUACAUCUUUGGAUUCAUAGGGGCUUCGUCGGCUACCAUGCUGAUUUUCAUCCUUCCAGCCGCUUUUUAUCUCAAGCUUGUCAAGAAGGAACCUCUUAGGUCACCCCAAAAGGUUGGGGCUUUGGUCUUCCUUGUGACUGGAAUUAUCUUCAUGAUGGGAAGCAUGGCGCUCAUUAUAAUCGACUGGAUUUACAACCCUCCAAAUACCAAGCAUCACUAA